AUGUCUCAGCUUACUGAAGAGGAAAAACAACAGUUAGAAGGUUUCAGUAUAUUGGAUAACCCAAUCCAUGGUAUUUUGAUUCCUUCAACAUUAGUCGUGGUUGGUUGUUCUGUAUUGAUAUAUUUAUCUGGCGAAAAGAGAUUGUUUUAUGCCAUAGCAGUUUUAUUUGUAUUCUUAGGUUUUAGAGCAUUCCUUGCCUAUGGUCGUAGAAAGUCCAUAUGGCCAAAUAAAUGGUCUAAAUUGGAAUUGGAAGAACAAACUUUAAUUUCAAAGAACAGUGCUAUCUAUCGUUUCAAAAUGAAGACUUCUUUUGAAACUUUAGAUUUCGCUCCAGGCCAAAAUUUAGCCGUGAGAACAACAAUUGAUGGUGAAGAAGUUAUUAGAUACUACACUCCUAUCUCUUCCAAUAUUGAAACAGGUCAUUUUGAUUUGAUAGUGAAAUCAUACCCAGACGGUAAGCUUUCUAAGCAUUUUGCCGGCAUGAAACCAGAUCAACAGCUCGAAUUUCAAGGUCCAGUUGGAAAACUAAAUUAUGCCGUUAACUCUUCUAAAGAAAUUGCCUUCAUUGCUGGUGGUUCAGGUAUUACUGCUGUUUUACAACUAUUAAAUGCAGUUAUUAUUGUUCCUGAAGAUGUCACAAAGAUUAAAGUUUUAUAUGCAAAUGAUACAGAAAAUGAUAUCUUGUUACGUGACGAAUUAGAUGAUAUUGCUGAAAAAUAUCCAAACUUUGAAAUUAAUUAUGUUCUAAGAUACCCUACAGAAGACUGGGAUGGUGAAACUGGUUUAGUUACCAAAGAAUUAAUGCAAAAAUACUUACCAAAAGCUAGCUCUGAUAAUCGACUAUUUAUCUGUGGUCCAAAGGCUAUGAAUGAAUCCGUUUUGUCAAUUGCGGAGGAAUUAGGCUGGCCAAAGGGUUCGCUAGACUCAAAAGGUGAUGAUCAAGUUUUUGUUUAUUAA